AUGACCCAACGAUCUUCUGUCACCAUCAAGUCAGGAGGCACUCGGAACUUCAGUGCUUCCUCGACCAGCCUCCUCCCAGGCUGCCGGCCCAGCUUCAGCUCUGUCUCUGUGUCCCAGGGCGGGAAGAGCUUCGGGGGCAGCUGUGUGGGUGGCUUCGGGACGAGGAGCCUCCACAGCUUUGGAGGUAGCAAAAGAAUCUCCAUCAGUGGAGGCUACCGCUGUAGCCGGGCCAGCGGUGGAGGUGCCAGCUAUGGGCUGGGGCUCGGAGGCAUGGGCUACAGGGCUGGGGGAGCCUUUGGCGGGUAUGGAUUUGGAGGCGGGAUGAUGUCUGGCUCCGGGGGCAUCCAGGAGGUCACUGUCAACCAAAGCCUCCUGACCCCCCUCCACCUGGAGAUUGAUCCCUCCCUCCAGCGGGUGCGAAAGGAGGAAAGGGAGCAGAUCAAGACCCUCAACAACAAGUUCGCCUCCUUCAUUGACAAGGUGCGGUUCCUGGAGCAGCAGAACAAGGUCCUGGAGACCAAAUGGAGCCUCCUGCAGGAGCAUAAAACCACCAGGGCCAACAUUGAGCCCAUGUUUGAAGCCUACAUCAGCAACCUGAGACGGCAGCUGGACUGCCUGGGUGGCGAGCGGACACGGCUGGAGACGGAGUUGAAGAACAUGCAGGACGUGGUGGAAGACUUUAAGAACAAGUAUGAGGAAGAAAUCAACAGACGUACAGUGGCGGAGAAUGAGUUUGUGGUGCUCAAGAAGGAUGUGGAUGCCGCCUACAUGAACAAGGUGGAGCUGGAGGCCAAGGUGGAUGCCUUGAUGGAUGAAAUCAACUUCCUGAGAGCUUUCUAUGAUGCGGAGCUGGCUCAGCUUCAGGCCCAGAUCUCAGAAACCUCUGUGGUCCUGUCCAUGGACAACAACCGCAAGCUGGACCUGGACAGCAUCAUCUCUGAGGUCAAGGCCCAGUACGAGGACAUUGCCAACCGUAGCCGGGCUGAGGCCGAGUCCUGGUACCAGACCAAGUAUGAGGAGCUGCAGCGGUCAGCCGGCCGGCAUGGGGAUGACCUCCGCACCACCAAGAUGGAGAUCUCCGAGCUGAACCGCGUGAUGCAGAGGCUGCGUUCUGAGAUUGAUAACCUGAAGAAGCAGUGUGCCACACUCCAGAAUGCCAUCGCUGAUGCUGAGCAGCGUGGGGAGCUGGCCCUCAAGGAUGCCAAGAACAAGCUGGCUGAGCUGGAGGACGCCCUGCAGAAGGCCAAGCAGGACAUGGCCCGGCAGCUGCGCGAGUACCAGGAGCUCAUGAACGUCAAGCUGGCCCUGGACAUCGAGAUUGCCACCUACCGCAAGCUGCUGGAGGGCGAGGAGUGCAGACUCACUGGGGAAGGUGUCGGACCCGUGAAUAUCUCCGUGGUCUCCUCCAGUGGGGGCACUGGCUACAGCUCAGGCGGCGGCCUCUGCAUGUCAGGAGGCGGCGGCUACAGCAGCAGCCUGGGCUACAGCUCCGGGGGCAGCUUCAGUUCCACCAGCAGCCGCAGCAUGAGUGGCAACAGCUCCAGUAUGCGCAUGAUCUCCAAGACAUCGUCCACCAAGAAGAGUUACAGGAGCUAAAGCGCCCCAUCCUCCAGGCUCCCGCCUCCAGACUCCCCUGAUCCCCCACCCUAAGGCCUGCCGCUUUGCUGAUGCCCCAUGCACAGAAUCAACAGCAGGAGGCGUGGGGAGUGGCCUUUGAGUUCUAAGCUGAUCUUGUCCAUCCCUCUGCCUCCAGAUGCAUCCCCACAGGGGUAAUCCCCCACCUUGCUCCUUAUCCCAGGGCCCUCCAGGGGCCCCAGGUAUCUACUUCAACUAACACCCACUCAACUCCUCCGUGCUAAGACCUGGGCUAGGACUUUGCCCAUCAGCAGCUCCCAGAGCUGGAGCACCGUAGGGUCAUCCUCCCCACCAGAGCCAGAUCCAUGCCGCCCAAAGUCCUUUAUGGGGGAGGAAGGAGCUUAGAAUUGACCUUAGUGCCCCCAAAGAGGUUGCAUGUAGUCUAGACCAGAGUUCCCACGCAUGUGUUCUCUUGCCGCAAACAAGAUCCUUUCCUGCAAGCCCCUCCAACCAGGGAAGUCUGCCAAUCCAAGCAGGAUGUCGUGUCCUCACUUCCUCCCAUAUUGUCCCUUGUUGGACUCCCAGCCACUUCCCCUGACCACUCUCCCACCACCAGAAUAUUGCAAUAAGGAAUCAACACCCUUUGAAAUAUGACCAACUCGAUUAUUCACACUAGAAUAGAAUGAUUUUAUCAAGAAGGCAAAAGUUCUCCAUGGCCUGGGGCUACACUCCUUGAUAGUUCAUAGCCGAAUUCCUUUCAAUUCUGCCCCAUUUAAGCCACUAUUAGAAUUAGCGUCCCACACAGAACCGCUCUACUGCUGAGUGGGAGGGAGGCAGGCUAACCCGGGUGUGGGAAGGUAGCCGGGCAGCAGAUGACCUGGAAAAGGAACCCAGUCAGCCUGUGUUAGAAUGGCCCUGAGAGAAUCCUCCCACCGAAGGAUUCAGGAGACUUUCUCCUUGCUCCUUUCUCCUUGCUCUGUGGUAGCCAUAUCUCUUCUCUGGAAAGUUCUCUUUCCUUCUUACCUUGCUCUUUCCACCUCCCUCCUUGUUCUGCUCCUCCUCCACAACCCUGUGUGUCUCCUCUCUUCAUCCCUCCCCUCUGCUCCUUUAUUUCUCUCUUUUCUUCCCCUCCCACUCAUCCAUUUGGCAAUAUAUCCCCUGUUCCCUCUCCCCUGACCUCUCUUUUUCCAUCUCCCCAUCUCUGACAUGUCUACGGUGUGGAUUUGCCUGUGCCGCAGGCCUGGCUAGAACUGCACUCUCAAGGUAGUCCACCAAACCUUAUGCCCCACAGGGAAGGCCUAAGAGGGCACACUCAGGAGAGAGACAGUACUUCCUCUGACACCUUGCUCACUCUCAGAGGAUGCUGGUCCGGCCUGUGAAGGAAGCAGAGGUAGAGGAGCAGUGGAGGAGGGGAGCUGCAUAGGUCCAGAGAUCUUUCUCAGACCGGCCUUCACAGAGUGGUUUCCCUACUUGAGGAUCUAGGAGCUCUCAAAACACCCGCCAUGCAUUCAAGACCAAAAUGAAUUCCAAAGGCAAGCAGGGCCUGGCUUUCAGCUUUGGACAUGAAGCCAGGAGAGAUAUGAAGUCAGAAAAAAAGUCACCCUGCUCUGAUUAUCUCAAACCUUCCCAAACUGCCUACUUCCCA